GAUCGUCCCACUACCGAUUGUCGAGCGUCCCCUAAACUGGGAAAGAAUGAGGCUGAGCUAUGGGCUGAGUUUCAGGUCAACAAAAGGCCGCUGGAUCACGAACCUCAGCCAGCAGUGCGGGCGUGGUUCCAGUGGGUUAUUUGUGCCACCAAGCCCUCCUUUGAAUCCUGAGAAAGUGAAAGAGUUCCAGCGCUUCAUCACCCUUUCCAAGAAACUCCUAGUGGUGACUGGGGCGGGAAUCUCCACGGAGUCGGGGAUCCCGGACUACAGGUCAGAAAAGGUGGGACUUUAUGCCCGCACCUCCCGGAGGCCCAUCCAGCACAGCGAUUUCAUCCGCAGUGCCCCCAUCCGCCAGCGGUACUGGGCUCGGAACUUCGUGGGCUGGCCUCAGUUCUCCUCCCACCUGCCCAACGCAGCACACUGGGCUCUGAGCACUUGGGAGAGACUUGGGAAGCUGCAUUGGUUGGUGACACAGAACGUGGACGCUCUGCACACCAAGGCGGGGAGUCGGCGGCUGACGGAGCUCCACGGGUGCAUGCACAGGGUCCUCUGCUUGGACUGCGGCGCGCAGACCCCGCGGGGGGCACUGCAGGAGCGCUUCCAAGUCCUGAACCCCACCUGGGGCGCGGAGGCCCAGGGCCUGGCUCCCGAUGGCGAUGUCUUUCUCUCGGACGAACAGGUACGGAGUUUUCAGGUCCCGCCCUGUCUUCGAUGCGGAGGACCUCUCAAACCAGAUGUCGUCUUCUUUGGGGACACGGUGGACCCUGCCAAGGUUGAUUUUGUGCACAAUCGCGUGAAAGAAGCCGACGCCCUGUUAGUAGUGGGAUCAUCCUUGCAGGUGUACUCUGGUUACAGGUUCAUCCUUACUGCCCGGGACAAGAAGAUACCGAUCGCCAUCCUGAACAUUGGGCCCACACGCUCGGACCACUUGGCCUGCCUGAAGCUGAAUUCCCACUGCGGAGAGUUGCUGCCUUUAAUAGACCCACGCUGACCACAGCCUGAUGUGUCCAGGUCAGAACAGGAACCUUCCCUCCAAUCUUGCUGCUGAAGAUCUCUGAGACCUCCCUUCUGCCUCAAACUUAUCGAAGCUCAACUGUGUCCUGUAGGGGGCAGCAAACUGCCCUGUGUGCCUGUGAAACCUCCAACCAGGCCUGUAUUGCAGAACCAAGGAGUGAGCCGCCAGGCCAAGAGAUUUACCCUUGAAAGACUUUUUUUUUUCCUUCAAAGAAACAACUGCCCUUGGUGUGAAAACUGCAUUCAUUUCCUUUUUCUGUCACUUUCCAGAGGAAAUGGUCUUGGAAGAAUGUAGGGCACAACACUAUGAGCAGGGCUCGUCCAGGGAGUGCACUAUACUCAUUGUGUAAGUGUAGAAACAAAUGACUCAGUUUAUAACUGCAAAUGAUUGUCGUGUGUGUGUGUAGUACC